AUGGUGCACCUCACAAGUGUAAUAUGUAUCAAGAAAGAGGGCGGUCGCGAGGAGGAGCCGACCAACGCGGCGGAAGUGGCGCCGGCGCAAGGCAUGCGUAUAGAACAUACUUGCUGCUGCCUCGGCGUGUUGGUGGGCAUCUCGCUCAUCGCCGCCCUCGUAGCAGUGAUUCUGAUGAAGGAUUCCACUGUUGAAGUGACAGAACUCCGUCAAGUACACGUGCUCAUGUCACACGGGGAACGCACCCCAAGCGAGGGCGAGCUCGCGAUGCUAGGGGCCCCUCCACCCGACCACGUGUUUUCGCCCUACGGAGCCGGCGCUAUGACUAAUGAGGGCAAGAUGUUGACAUUUGAAAUGGGCGCAUUACUUAGGAAGAGAUAUGAUGAGUUUUUGGGACCUUACUAUGAUAGUGAGAGGAGUAUCGUGAUAUCGUCGGAUACAGAGCUGAGUAAGAUGACGGCUCUGCUGAUAGCGGCGGGGCUAUGGCCGCCGCCGCCAGAGCAAGUGUGGAAUGACACGCUGCCGUGGCAACCCGUGCCUUACACGUAUCCACCACGACGCCAGGACUUUCUGCUGUACGAAGAGAACUGUCCUCGUUACAAACAAGAGAAGGAGAGGAUACUUAAAGCGUUCACAGAAGAAGGGCUGUUGCAACCGUACCGCGACUUCUUCCAUAAGAUCGCGCAGAUGACCAACACUAACUUCAGCACGCCGCAAGAGGCGUACUAUUUAAAUAAUUUAUUUCUUAUACAGGACGAUAUAAAGGUAGCAAAUCCGAAAUGGGCGAAACACGUGAAGAGAAAACUGAUGGAUGUGGCCCGGUUGGAGUACUCGAUGAUGUUCCAUAACAACUUGCUUAGGAAACUUAGCGGCGGAGCAUUGCUUCAACAAAUAAUAAAAGAAGCAAGCAGUAAUACCGCAGGCGAGUCCCAGCUACGUCUAGUCGUACGAACAGGGACUCCUGUAUCUGUGGCAGCCCUGUUGGGUGCCUGCGUGGCUCCUCCACCGCGUCUACCAGACCCAGGGGCUGCGCUAUUGUUUGAGUUACACGAACGACGCCCUUUACCACAGUCUAAUAAGGAGCAGAAGACAUUGGCCGAAGGACAGCGGUUUGGGUUUAAGAUAUAUUACUGGGACGACGACUCAGCGGAACCUCGCCUCAUGGAAGUCCCAGGGUGCAACGCGUUCUGUCCCCUCGAGACUUUCAAGGAGCUAACCAAAUACAUAGUGACACAUAACUAUAACAAAGACUGCAGGCUCAUUCCUAACACAUAG